CAGCGUUACAUGUACAACAUGGAUUAUUAUAAUGAUACGGGACUUGCUUUCUUAAUGGUUGGCGGUGAAGCACCGAUUGCAGAAAAAUGGGUUAAGGAUCCAUCGGUUACCUGGCUGGUUUGGGCAAAAGAGCAUCACGCUGCGUGCUUCUUGCUCGAGCAUCGAUUUUAUGGCGCUAGUAAUCCGUUAAAGUAA